AUGCCUCCCGCCAACGCCAACGCCAACGCCACGCCGCCUAGGGCCGGCGGCUCUCCGCCGGACACCGCCGUCGCGCCGCUCGGCCUAGGGUUUCUGCCACCUGAAGCUCAAGCUGCUUCGCCGCCGCCGUCAAGUCCGUCAGGGAAGCCUCGUCACGGAUCCGAGCUCCUCGUUCAAGACACGGAGGAUGAUCCGAGGACGCCCGGGAGUGCAGAGUUUUUCUUGAGGGAACCUCCCAAGAGUCCAGACAGCAACACCACUUUGGCACAUACAACAUUCACCUAUGAACAGCACCUUCAGCUGAGAGCACAAUUAUGUGUUCGCAGUGAUCUUUGCAUUGGAAAACCAUCUGCAGAGCAUACCAUGGUUCAUGCUUUUGGAGAACCUGUUGAGCGUCAGAAACAGCUACCAGUGCCUGGCUACGACACACCGCCUAGCAGCUCCCUCAUCGGUAGUUGCACAGGUGAACAAGGCAGUAAGGAUACUGCUGUGGAAAAGAGAACCGUUUCAGAACAAGGUGACGCUGGUGAUAAAGAAACUCAAGUUCUGGAUGUUGGAAAUGUCAGUAUCCUUCCACCGAAGAACACCACCAACCAUACUGAAAUACUUGAACAAAAGAAUGGUCAUGAGGAUCAUCUAGCAAUCAGUUUCGCUGAACAAGUUGAUCAAUCGCUAUCUGAUGAUGGCAGCAACUUAAAAAAGAAUGCAGUCUGUGCUGAGCAGACUUUUCUAGAGUCUUAUUGCUCUUUACCCAAGCAUAAUCCCAGAAAGAACAUUACCAAAAUUCAAGAAUCUUGUUACAGUGGCACCAAAUCUGUUCCAAAAUCUCCUCGUGAUUUUCAGGAAUCCAGUAGCUCUCGCUUUGGUAGCUGCAUAGCUGAACAAAGUACCGUUGUUGAUAAGACCUCCAUUUUGGAACAACACAGCAGUGACGGUUGUCAGCAGGUGAGUCAAGGUACUGAUUCUGGAAAUGACAGAAACCAUCUGGCUGAUAGCACUAUCGACAAAGAUGAUCAAGUGAUAUCUGAUGAUGUCAACAACCUGGAACAGAAUACUGAUUCUGGAAGUGACAGGAACCAUCUGGCUGAUAGCACUAUCGACAAAGAUGAUCAAGUGAUAUCUGAUGAUGUCAACAACCUGGAACAGAAUACAUUAUGUGGUGGAAAACAGAGUUUGCUAGACUCGUGUUAUCAAUGUGGUAAACAUGGACACCUUAUGAAAUGUCGCAGCUGCCCCAUAGCUGCUCAUGUUAGCUGUUUUGGACCUUUUGUUUCAUCAGUGAGAUUCAAUGAUGGCCAGUUUUAUUGCCCUCUUUGCUUCUGUUUCAAAGCCACUGAAGCUCACAAAAAGGCUGAGAAAACAUUAUGUGUAGCUAAGAAGCACUUGCAUGCUUUCCUUCUGAAAAAGCAAUUUGCAAAGCAACACUGUGAGCAAUCUACUAAAAAUCAGCAACUUCCUUGUGAAGGUGAAGAGCCUCGUCAUGAGAAAAGAAGCGAUGCUAGUGUUGCUUGUCCUGGGCGCAACUAUGAUCCUUGUACGCUGGCUAGAACUAGAAACCCCCUUGCACCAAGAAGGAACUCCUUCGUAACGACUGCCAGGCGCACGCCGCUCCGUUGGACGGGAGAAGAAGAGGCGGCUUUAAGGGAAGCGGUUGCCCUGUUUGCGCCGAAAGGGAAGGGGCUGAUCUCUUGGGUUCAGAUCCGGGAACAUGGCAAGGACGUGUUCCACCCCGCACGUAUACCGAAGGAUCUGAGCCGGAAGUGGAAGUACAUCAAGAGCAAAAGCGAAGCUUCGGAACGUUGCGGGGGCUUUCAAGAUUUAGGGUUUAGACAUUAGGGUUAA